AGACAAAAAAAGAUGGAAGAACCGAGCAUCAGUGAGUUGCCAGAUGAUUUGAUCUUGAAGAUAUUCUCAUUGCUUCCGCUUUAUGAAGAGAGCAUUGCAACACGUCUCUUAAACAGAUUACGAAUGGAGGGUCCAUGGAAACUGGUGCCGAAUGUCAGCGUGUUUGAUGAUUCAUAUAAUAGUUUUGUGAAUUUUAUGAGUUUUGUUUACGCAUCUUUGUUGUUCAACGAGUCUCAAAUUCUAGAGAGGUUUCAUCUCAUGCUUAACCAGAAAUAUUCAGCUUCAGACAUCAACGUUUUGGUUAAAUUUGCGGUUAAGCGGUCAGUGAGAAAGCUGAGGAUUCAGACGUUUGAGAAUACCCUAGAACUGCCGAGUUGCUUGAGUAGUUGCGUAACCCUCAAGUCAUUGAUACUCCGUCAACUAAGCAUCGAGGUUGUUCCUUCUUGCUUUCGCUUGCCAUCUCUCAAAAGUCUCCACCUUUUCUCGGUCGAGUUCUCAGGUGACGUGUCUCUUGCAAGUCUUUUACAAUCGUGUCGGGAUCUUGAAUACUUGGUUGUAAAGGAUAUGAAGUUCAAGACUGUUCCGCGUUGGUUUCAGUUGUCCUCUCUCAGAAGCCUGCACCUUCUUUCGAUCUCGGGCUACGAAUCUGUUGCAAGUAUUUUAAGCAUGUGCCCUUUUCUUGAAGAUUUGGUUGUGAAACAAUCCCAAGUAUUCAGACAUUAUGAGCCUACUUUGAUCACUUGCAGAAAACUAAAAACAUUGAUACUCCGUGAACUAACUAUCAGUGUUGUUCCAGCUUUGUUUUGCUUGCCAUCACUCAAAACUAUGCACCUUUUAUCUGUUGGGUUCACGGGAGGCGAAUCAGUUGCAAGUCUUUUACGAAUAUGCCCUCUUCUUGAAGAUUUGGUUGUGAAACAAACAGAAGUAACCCAUAGUAACGAGUGUACUCUGAGUAGUUGCAGAACACUAAAAACGCUGACGCUCAGUGAACUAAGUAUCAAGGUGGAUCUGCCUUGGUUUCGCUUGCCAUUGCUCAAAACUCUGCACCUUUUAUCGGUCAAGUUCGAAUCUAUUGCAAGUUUCUUACCAAUUUGCCCGCUUCUUGAAUAUUUGGUUGUAGACCAAUCCAAAGAAGACGGCAGUGUGGUGUUCAAGGAAGUCCCGUAUUGGUUUCGCUUGCCAUUGCUCAAGAGUCUGCACCUUUUAUCGGUUAAAUUCUCGGGGGACGAUUCAGUUGCAAAGCUUAUACAAAAUUGCCCGGUUCUUGAAGAUUUGGUUAUAAACAAAACCAGAGAUGACAAUGUGAUGAUAUUCAACAUCAACACGCCUUCUUUGAGGAGCUUGUCCAUCGAUAACUCUAUAGGGAAACGCGCCUACGUUGAGAAGAAUCAUGGGUUUGUGAUAAAUGCUCCUUCUUUGGAGAAAAUGGACUUUAAAGAUACAUUCAGUAACUUUCUAGUGUUUGAACAUAUGCCAGAGGUGACCAAGGCUAAUGUCCAGGUUCUUUGUGGCCAUUCUAACAAGUUCGUAGGAUCUCUUACCUCAGCCCGUCAUCUCUCUCUAUGUUGUCUAUCUUCAGAGACUCCAUAUCCUAGUGGCACUACUUUCCCUUAUCUUGAACAUCUAGAGCUAUGUACACGUUGUGCCGGAUGGGCCAAUCUACUUGUUUGUAUACUUAAAGACGCUCCAACACUCAAAUAUCUCAAGCUUAAGUCGCAACAUGGUGCCCAUUACAAUGAUCCGAUGAUCCUAUGGAAGGAACCAACAGUUGUUCCGGAAUGUUUAUCGACGCAUCUCGAGAUCAUGGAAUGGAGACAAUAUGAAGGCACAAAGCACGAGAGGAAUGUGGCUGCGUACGUGCUAGCAAACGCUACUUGUCUAAAGACGGCGACAUUCUCAACAAGAUGUAGAAACAAACAUCAUCGCAUGCUCAGAAAGUUAAAGAAACUGAACAGAGUUUCAGAGACAUGUCAGUUAUUGUUUGACUAACUCUUUAUGUUAUCAUGUCUGUCUAGAAGACCUGUGAGAUUCUUAAGGUUCUUCUACCUUUUG